AUGAACUUUAUUAGUAUAUUUGUUCUUAUCAGUUGCUUUCUUACUGUUAUACCAACAUCACCAAUAGCAGAUGAAGAUGAUGAUUCCAGCUUCGGAUGUAAUAAUUUGGAUGGCAGGAAAACAGUGAAGAAACAGUACUUUGUUCAUAGCAAUCAAGAGGUUACAUUUUGGGAGGCUUGGAGACGUUGUUCGAGCGUUGGGCACCAGCUGGCCACGAUAACUUCGGAGAAGGACAGCCAAUUGAUAGAGCAAGCGAUUACAAAAUCAGGCAAAACCAAAGGCCCUUGGUACAUAGCGGGAACAGAUAUGGGAAAUGAGGGUCAUUUUGUUUGGAUCACCAACAAUAAACCAGUCGGAUAUAUGACUGGCUAUUUAAAUUACUCUCCCGGUCAACCGAACAAUUGGCUAGGAAUUGAACAUUGCUUGGAAAUCGGUCGUUGGGGAGGAGCCGCUUGGAACGAUGUUCCUUGUGAUUGGAAGCAGGGUUAUAUUUGCGAAAACGUUACCUAAAAAUUAGAGAUGUUUUAAGUGACUUGUUGAUUUUUUCUAAAGUAAUUAACUGAUAGUGUUGAAGAAUUAAUAAACAAUAAUUAUAUCGGCCGUAAAUAAAAGUGUUUUUUGAAGGUGAAAUUUCGAAAAAAAAAACUAAAUUGAAAAUAUACCGAUAUUGGAAAGAAAUUGAUUACUGUAACACCUAUUGAUAAACAAAAAAAAAUCGAACAGUCAGCAAGAAUAUAUAACCUUUUUCCGACGAGUAGAACAUGUUUAUAAGAACGGCAAAUAUGUUUAUAAGAACGGCGAACUACGAUUGAAGUGACAAAUAGUACUCACUCAAAGAGUGAUUCAUUUAAUGAGUGAAAUUA